AUGAAUAACUCGAGGCUGCUCUUUGCUGCCGCAGCAUCACACUGCAUGAUGUGUCCCAGGUCUGCCUCGGAGUGGUCUAUCCUCUUCGCCAUCUUUCUGUCCCUCAUUUGCUUUGCAGCUGAAACGACUUCCGGGCAGGAGGUAGAGCUGAGAAGAGGCACGGUCUAUGCCAGUGGCCUGGCGAUGUGCAAGGCCGGGCUGUCGGCCUUGGCUGCGGUGAUGACGGAGCGGCGCCUCAAGCACUGCCAGUUCACGAUGAUGGAGGCGAAUACUUUGCUGAAGAUGCAGAGCCUUAUGGUCGCUUUUCUGGUCUUCACAGUCCAGAUGCUUUUCCUGGAGGAUCUCUGCCCAGAGGACAAGGCACUUGUGACCGCCCCCUGUGUGGACAGGAGGGGCUGGGAUAAAUACACGGCCUUCGUGCUUUUUGCGGAGGUGGGCAACGGCUGGCUGUCGGUGGCUAUCCUGGCACGAAUGUCCGCGAUUGUGAAGUUCGUCUGCAAGGCGGCCGCAGCGCCCAGUUUGUACGUGGUCUACGUGGCCACGAACUUCCGGCAGCACCACUUUGAGGUCCGCCGCUCGACGUGCGCGAGCGCGCGCGCACGCGCUCCGUUUUCUCCUCAACCCUUGGAGCCCCAGACGGCUGCAGACAGCAGACGCAUCAGAUCAGAUUUGUCCCACUUUGUGCUGAGUGUUUUGUUCAAUACUUGUAACAUUUCCUUGUCAUCCUGUCACUUCCUCGUUCAAGGGAAAUACCCUAUGUAA